AAAAAGUAAGGGGUAAAAGUGACUUUUUAAUAGAAAUGAGAAGUGUUUUGUGGGACGGAUAAAAAAAGAAAGAAGAAAGGUUUUCUGGGACGGAUGGAGUAUUCAAGUUUUUGAAUGUCCAAGAAAGAAUCAAAAUCCCUUGGUCAAGAAUGAAGAGGUAUCAGAAUCUUUGGGACAAAAGGAAGGACAAGAAGAUGUGAAGUGUCUAGGACAAGAUGAAGAUGAACUCCUGGUCAUUGAUAUGCCAUUGAGUAGUUUGGCCCCUUCUCAUACUCAUUUGGCUAACCAAAAGGAGGAUGGUCUGCUUAUCACCAUGAAAGGAAGUUGUGUCAAGGUGAUACCCAAAGCAAUGGUUGUGGUGCUUCCCAUCAAUCUGGUGUCUUUCCCAAGAUCAUAUUCAAUCCACUGCCCAAACAAAAGAAAGCCGUGGGUAUUUGAUCCCGUUGUUUCUCUUAAUGGAUAUGAAGACACAUGCUCAUCCCUUAUGAAGAAAAAGGAGUUGACAAACAUAUACGUGCCAACUAUCAGCCCCAUGUGUCGUCCUAAAGAAGAGAAAGACACUCGUUUAACUCCCAAAAAGUUUUAUGAGAAGAAGACUCAAAGUGGAGUCAUGAGCCGAAAUGCAGGAGCCUUGCCCCGAAGAAUAUCUUCACUAACGGUACCUCGUACCAAGUUUGUUAAGUUUUUGCAUGUUCCAAGUAAGGAAGGAAUACAAGAAACAUCCGAGUUUUAUUACAAGACUCGUGAAAAGCUUGAGAAGAGAAGUGAGUUGAAAAGUCCCACCCACUUUCAACCCGGCGAUCUAGUGUGGGCCCAUAUUCAAAGAGAGCGUUUUUAUGAGAAACGCAAGUCAAGGCGGAAAUUCCGAGACGAUGGUCCAUUCGAAGUGCUAGCCCGAGUCAACGACAAUUCCUACAUGGUUGACCUUACAAGAGGUCAAAGAGUUGCUGCCACAUUCAAAAAAAGGGACCUUAGUCCAUAUGACGGUCUUGAUUAUCCGUUGAGUUCUAGAUAUUUGAUUAAGUGUGUCAUAUCUUAAUUAAAUACUAGAAUUCAACCCCAAGUUAAUCUAGAGGUGAGCUUAUCCUUUAGUAUUAAUUUGGCUCCAAAUUAAGAUAAGAGUGUGUUUAUCUCUUAUUCCUUAUUUGGAAUUUAUCCCAUCCUUUCUAAACCCAUCCUUCAUCCCUGAUUUUCCACUCU